AUGACCAUGUCCUUGUUUGUCCCAGGUGCCUGCUUGGCCUCUGAGCUGUCUUUCCUGCAAGAACCCCGAGACGUGAUUGCGGUGAGGGAUCGCCCGCUCAUGUUGGACUGCAGCGUGCAGGGCGAGGAGCCCGUCCACAUUAGCUGGCGUAAGAACGGGCUGCCUUUGAGCGCCAAUUCCAGGCUUCGGGUGCUGCCCAACGGCACCCUGUUGAUCGACAACUUCCAGAAACGCAAAGAAGGCAGCGACGCCGAUACGGGCGAGUACGACUGCGCCGCUCAGAAUCGCUACGGCAUGCUGGUCAGCCGCAAGGCCAAAGUCCUUUUGGCGUCUCUUCCCAAGUUCCACACCCACCCGAUGUCCAUGGCAGUAGAUGAGGGAGGUGUUGCACGCUUCCAGUGUCAGAUCAGUGGAAUACCUGAGGCCAACAUUACCUGGGAGAGAGACAGAGUGCCCCUUAGCACCACUGACAACAGGUACACUCUUCUCCCGAUGGGGAUCCUUCAGGUGACGGCUGUGAGACAGGCCGAUGUCGGGGUCUUCCGUUGCGUCGCCAGCAACAUUGCAAACACUCGCUAUAGCCACGAGGCCGUUCUCAACAUCACCGGUGGAACCUCAAGAAUCUACAAGGAGCCAGUCAUCCUGUCAGGGCCUCAGAAUCUAACCAUCACUGUCCAUCAGACGGCCAUUUUCGAGUGCAUUGCCACAGGAAACCCCAAGCCUAUCGUUUCCUGGAGCAGACUAGACGGACGCUCCAUCGGAGUUGAAGGUAUCCAGGUUCUUGGAACGGGGAACCUGAUGAUCUCAGACGUUUCUCUGCAGCACUCUGGCGUGUACGUGUGCGCCGCCAACCGGCCGGGCACCAGGAUGAGACGCACGGCGCUUGGCAGACUUGUGGUACAAGCGCCUCCAGAGUUCCUUCAGUGGCCUCAGUCUGUGUCCAAACCAGCAGGGGGCAGUGCCGUGUUUACUUGCGUGGCACAGGGUGUCCCCGAGCCUCACCUCAUCUGGCUGAAGAACGGCAAGGUUUUGAUGCCUGGACACAACGUCAAGUUGACCAAUAACAACAGUACCCUGGCUCUGACUCGUAUCGGCGCCGAGGACGAGGCCAUCUACCAGUGCAUCGCCGAGAACAGCGCCGGCACCAACCAGGCCAGCGCCCGACUGGCCGUGGCCCAAGCCAAAGACUUGCCCGCCGCUCCCGAAGGCCUCAGCGCUAGCGUGCUGUCCGCCACCGCUUUGCAAAUCGCAUGGAGCCAACCGCCCGCGGAAGUCACUGAGGGCAUUAUUGGAUAUGUGCUGCAUAUCCGCAAAAUAGGAGAGCCAGAUGCUUUGGAGCUGCAAGAAGCCAUCAGCAAAGGGGCCUUUCAGCAUGACGUGAACAACCUGGAGCCAGCCACCACCUACUCCCUUUAUCUGAAGGCUUAUUCACCACUCGGAGCAAGUCAGCAGUCUCGCGCUGUGGCGGCAACGACACUGGGUGGCGUGCCGACAAGUCCGAGCUUCUUCGCCAAGGUGUUGAACUCCAGCGCUGUCCAGGUACUGUGGGAGCUGCCCAGUAAGGCCGGCAGAGCCCAAGGCUUCAGGCUGUCCUACCGCCGGGUCCCCAACGCUGAUUUCCAGGGACCCAUCCAGCUGCCCUGUCACGUCAACGCCCACGUUCUAUCCGAUCUGGAAUCGGGUGGCGUGUAUGAAGUCAAACUGGUGGCCUACAAUGGAAAUGGGGAGAGCGAGUGCACCAAGAGGCUGGUGUCAUUGGCAGAUGAAGGCACAAGUGGCCAAAACAGCGGCGAGAACGCGCCGUGCCAGUGCAGGGACGGAGAAGCAUCUCUGGGCAGCGUUGUCAUUGGCAUCCACAUCGGUACCGCCUGCAUCAUCUUCUGCGUCGUCUUCCUCAUGUUUGGAUAUCGCCGCAGUUUCUUUUGCGCUAAAGGGACUCAGGACAGUUGGGCCGUGCCAAGUGACAACACAGGCCACAAUGGCAUCCGCAAGGAGGCGACAAACCCACCCAGGAUGGAGCCAGUGCCUCAGCAGCCAAUUUGCCCGGCGCAGUGCCAAGUGGUCAUUGAGCAACACUCAUCGGGUCUUCCUGGCACCGGCACAGGCUAG